UUCCCCCUGCCCCACCCUGUGCUUCCUCCCAUCUUUCACCAUGCUCCUGUUCUAUUUCUGCUUUCCCUGUCCUUCUCCCAUCCUGCUCCCCCACACCCCUUGUCCACUCCUUCCCUGUUCCCUCUGUCCUCUUCCCUGGUACCCUAUUCAUCUCUGUUUCGGUCACUCUGGCGGCCUGCCCUGGCCCCCUGUCCUAUGCUUCAAUGUGGGGCCCAUGGGAACUGGAGUUCACAGCAAAACAGGAAGAGGCUGUGAGCAGGAAGCUGGGAGUGGGGCAUGGGGUGAACAGCCAGCAGUAACCUCAGCUCCUCGCCUCCCACAUCUGGACUGAAGCAUCCCCAGAGCUCUCUGCCUCUCCCACUGCAGUACCCCCUCCCCCACGCCGGUUUCUUCCAUCUCAGCACUUGAGUGGUCCCGCAGACCUGAGAGGCAACAAGGGUAUCCUGGACUUGAACACAGGAGGAAGAGUACAGGGACUGGAGUGGGGACAUCUGGAUUCUGAUCCCAGCUUGGCCACUGUGUGUGGUCUUCGAGGAGCCUCUCCCACGAGCUUCGUGUUCUCUCUAAAUUGGAGCUUGCGUUAUUUACCUUCUCUCCUGGGGCUGCUCUAAGAACCAAAGAGGUAGUGAGGGGUUUGUAUAUGGAAAUCAGCGCUGAGAGGUUAACAAUGCACAGAUUCAAGGUGACGGGAAGUCCCGUAGCUGAAAGGGUUGGGAAUGUAGUAACUGCUGCCAUUUCUUCAACACUUACUAAGAUCACAUAGCUAAGAAAAGAUAGAGGCAAGGCCAGGAUUUGAACCCAAAAUCUGAGCCUAGAGCCCAAGAAUUAAAUCAACAUGCCGAGAUGAAAUUGACUAGAGUAUCAAGUAUAGAAUAGAAAGGGAUCAUAUUCUUUUUCUUACUUAUUUGUUUAACAAGCAGGAACACAGUACCUACUCUGUUGCCUACUCUAUGCCAGGCCCUGAUCCAUGGGCUACAUGGGAGAUAAAGUCAAUAAAACAUGGUGUCUACCUUCAGGGAUGGAUCUUAUGUUCCAGGCAAUAGGACAAGAAGGCUAAGACUAUAUAGUCUCAGUAGUUGCUGGACAGAGCCUGCCAUCACUUCAGAUGGAGCUGUUCCCCAGAUGAGGGAACUUGCAUACCUUCUCAGGUCCAUCCUGGGCUGGCACCUGGAUCACCUGCCAUCUCUACCUUCACCCCUAUCCCAGGGCAACCACUGCUCUUCUCUCUCCUGGCCCCCUCCUCUGUUGGUGGCCCUCCCAGGAAGGCCCAGCACCUGCCUUUCUCCACCCCUGGAGUUAUACCAGCUUGGCUGAGGCCUGGGACUGGUGGGGAGAGCUUCUUGGCCCCUUCCCAGAGGCAGGGGAGGAGGAGGGAGGCUGGGAAAGCAGGCUGGAGCUCCGUGUUGCAAUUCCAGGCCUUGCUGGGACCUUUGCUCCACGAAAUGUCUAUGGAGGGGAGGGAACACCAACUCUGGAGGCUGCCGGGGUGGGGGUGGGGGUGUCCGGGAGGCAGUCGUUCUGUAAGAGCAGCUAAGAGCAGCUGGGGAAGGAGCAGUGGCCCGACCCUUGGGCAGUCCCUCCCCUCAGCCUCUCCCCAUAUCACUUCCCUGGGACCCCAGGCCCCUGUCUUGCUCAGCUUCGGCUCUUCAGCUGCCGGCUGGCGCCCCUGGACCAGGGACUGCACCAUCCUCCUCUCUCAGCAAGGGGGCUCCAGAGACUGUCCCAGCCAGGAAGUCUGGUGGUCCGGGCGCUCGGACAGCUCCUUGGUAUGUACAGGGCUCCAGGAAGAGAUGUCCUUGUGGCUGGAGGCCCCUGUGCCUGAUGUUUCUCCUGACUCCGCAGGGGAGCUGUGGGAAGCAGAUACCCAAGAUGCAAGCAGCCGGACACUGGGAGACAGCAACUGCACCCUCAGGGAAGAAGCCAGCAUGCCCCAGUCAGCUGGGGGCACUUUGGGGAUGGGGCUGGAGGCGGUGGAGCCCACAGCCCUGCUCCCUGGCGUGGAGGCCCUUCCAGAGACCACAGGUGAGGAGCACUGGAUUUGGAGGAGGCAGGGGCUCCCUGGAUCUGGGAGGGGUAACUUAGGGCUCUUUACCUAAUAAGAUCAUGGUUAGUUCCCCAGGCUUCGGCGUCAAGUGACCUGAGUGUGAAUUUUGUCUCUACCUUAGGCCUUUCCGAGCCUCAUUUGCCUUAUUCGUAGAACGGAAAUAACAAUAGUACCUAUCUCUUAUGGUCAUUGUCAGGAUCAGUGCAUAUAAAGGGCUCAGACAGUACACGGGACAUAAUUAAAUAGCACUUGACGUGUGAGAGCUGCUUUCUUAUAAUAGAGAGACUAGACCGCGUAGUGAAAGGGCUUGAAGGUCACUGAACGCUCAGGGCAGUGGCCCGCU